AGCGCGCUGGCGCUGCGGUGCAAAUGGGGCACCAUCGCCCUAACUCCAACCCAAAGCAGGCCGCAUGCAUCUUCCAUGGCGUAAUCAUUCAUUCCUAUUCUUUUCCUUGCACUGGACGAUGACUCAACCCGACCGCGAGUCCGUCAUGAACCUUCCGGGCCUGGAUCCCCUCCCUAUAAAAUCCACACGUACGCCAGCUGCUGCUACUCACAAGUCAGACACAAGUCUCGAUCGACCCGUCUGCCUGCCGCGAGCAUCAUUGGCGCGUCGAUCCAGCCCACGUUUGUUUGGUAAUCCCGCGCGCGCGGCAUUGAUGGGUUCCUCCCAGGCGCUUGCUCUGUGGGUGGUGAUCACGCACCUCCUCUCCCUUGGCGGCGGCUUCGCCAGUUGCGCCUGGCCGAGCUCCGCGACGCACGACGACGCCGGCUGCCUCAGCUGGCGCGUCAUGGUGGAGGCCAACAACGCGAGGGGCUGGCGCACGGUGCCGGCGCCCUGCGUCGGCUACGUCAAGGCCUACAUGACCCGGGGCCAGUACGGCAGGGACCUGGACAGCGUCAUGGAGCAGGUGUCCGCCUACGUCGACCAGAUCGCCGCCGCCGCCGCCGACGGCCUCGACGCCUGGAUCUUCGACAUCGACGACACCUGCCUCUCCAACCUGCUCUACUACCAGGCCAAGCGCUUCGGGGCGUACGAUCCCAUGGCCUUCAAGAAGUGGGCUAGCCAAGGGGCCUGCCCGGGCAUACCGCCGGUCCUUGGGCUGUUCGCGGCGUUGCAGGAAAAGGGAUUCAAGGUCUUCCUUGUCUCCGGGAGGGACGAGCAGACUCUGGGCUCCUGCACGUCCCAGAAUCUGGAGUCGGAGGGGUUCUCAGGGUACGAGAGGCUCAUGAUGAGAACUCCCGAGUACCGAGGGCAGAGCUCGUCGCUGUUCAAGUCGGCGAUGAGGAAGCAGCUGGUGGACGAGGGCUACAGGAUCCGCGGCAACGUCGGGGAUCAGUGGAGCGACCUGCAGGGCGACAACGUCGGCGACCGCGUGUUCAAGAUACCAAACCCCAUGUACUUCGUCCCGUGAAAACACACGGGUCGCCGGCGGCCGGCCACCGGUGUGCUCGCUGGCCUGCCUGUCUGAUCGACUAAUUCAUAGGCCGUGUAAACAACGGCCGAUAUGUGGCAAAACAAGCAUAGUAGAACGUAAAUCAUACACUCGAAUUGAAGGCACAUUUUCCUGUUGUUAAUUUUCGUGACAUUCGCUAGUUUUUUUUCGUGACAUUUGCGGGCGGUUGACAUUCGCUAGUUUGGUUAUGAACGAUAAUGUAAUGAUCUGGACGCCAUUCAGA